AGUCCACCGCCACACGCCGGCCUGGCGACUUGUGCUCCGUGCACGCCGCCACUUUCUCCACACUCUCGCGAGCCCUGCGCGUUGUUUCUCGCUUCUCCCGAUCGCUCAGUUUCCCGCUCCCGACUGCGACCCGGCCCUUUCCGUAUCCGAUUCGACUUGCCGCGAAACUUUGUACGAGUUCCCGCGUCGUUUGUAUUGUAGAAUUUGUCCAUUUCGGGCAUUCGAGGAAACGUUCAGAUACGGUAUUGAGGAGUCGGCGGCGCGUUCAGCCGUCGAAAGCUCGGGGGUCGGCCGUGGAUGCGGUCGUGAGAGACGUUGGAGAGGCCUCGAGGAGGCCGUCGGCACGCUGUUCCCGCCGCAGCUUGGGUGCGUGUCCUACGCGACGCCGUGCGCCUGCUGCCCGCCGCUGAUCCUGCAGCACCCACUUCCGUUGCCACUACCUCUCCCGUUACCCCUAGCUUUUCCGCUCCAAACCCUUGACCCUCAAGUCGGUAAACACCAACGUCUGCUGCUCUCUAACAUGGUGAGUGAAUCUUCACUACUUGAGUGCAGCAACGGGCGCUACACAGCGUCCGAAACGAGAGGCUCCGACGAGCUUCUUUCGCAGAGUGGCGUCACCGUCAUGGCGCCCGCCGCUCCACACCAUGCUGACAAUAAUAACCAAGACUCAGCCGCCAAGAAGGUGAAACUGGAGCAAAAUGUUGGCAAACCGUCAAGGGUUAUCCACAUACGGAACAUACCAAACGAGACUACGGAAGCUGAGAUCAUACAGCUUGGUCUACCCUUCGGGCGGGUCACCAACGUACUCGUUCUCAAAGGAAAAAAUCAGGCAUUCCUGGAGAUGGCAGAGGAAAUAUCAGCAGUGGCGAUGGUAGCCUACUUCGGUGGUUGUGUCGCUCAGCUACGCGGACGAGCCGUCUACGUUCAAUUCUCCAACCAUAAGGAGCUUAAAACUGAUCAAACACACAGCAAUGCGUCGGCGUCAGCGCAGGCGGCGCUUCAGGCCGCACAGGCAAUUUCAAACAGUGCGGGCGCAGCGCUCGUUGCCGGCGCGGGCGCAGCGCUUCAACCUGCAAAUGGUGGCACUGAAAUACAGGUAAUGACUGGCGGGCCCAACACAGUGCUGCGCGUCAUCAUUGAGCACAUGCUGUACCCGAUAGUACUCGACGUGCUCUAUUCGAUCUUCCAGCGAUACGGGAAAGUGCUCAAGAUCGUAACCUUCACUAAGAACAAUUCAUUUCAAGCCCUAAUCCAGUACCCAGACACGGGGUCAGCGCAAAUGGCAAAAACGGCUCUCGACGGUCAGAACAUUUACAACGGCUGCUGCACACUCCGCAUCGACUACUCAAAGAUGACAUGCCUCAACGUCAAAUAUAACAACGACAAGUCGAGGGACUACACCAAUCCCACGCUCCCAUCGGGCGACGGCGACGCUCACCAGCUGUUGACCAGUGAGUUGAUGCCUCAGCGGGCUCGCCUCGCCUUGGCCCUCGCAUCCAGGAUGAGUGGUGGAGUGUUGGCGCCUCCGUUCCUGGGGCUGGGGUCAGGGCUGGCGUCACCGUACGGCGUCGGCGUUGGGGGAGUAGGUCUGCCCGCGUUCGGUGCACUCACACUGACGCCGGCUUCGCCUGCAUUGCGCGCACUCGCCGCACCACCGCUGCCGCUGGCCACAGUGUUGCUCGUAUCCAACCUAAAUGAAGAGAUGGUCACGCCUGACGCUCUCUUUACCCUUUUCGGCGUGUAUGGUGACGUGCAACGCGUGAAGAUUCUGUACAACAAAAAGGAUUCAGCCCUAAUUCAAAUGGCGGAGCCUCACCAGGCUCAUUUAGCCAUGACACAUAUGGAUAAGCUGCGCGUCUUCGGAAAGGCUAUGCGCGUCAUGCUCAGCAAGCACCAAACGGUGCAGCUGCCGAAGGAAGGACAGCCUGACGCUGGCCUCACUAGGGACUAUUCCCAGAGCCCGCUACAUAGAUUCAAGAAGCCCGGUAGCAAAAACUACCAGAACAUUUACCCGCCGAGCGCCACAUUACAUCUCUCCAACAUUCCAGCCACGGUGUCCGAAGACGACAUCAAGGAUGCGUUCACCAAAAGGGGAUUCGCGAUCAAGGUCUUCAAGUUCUUCCCGAAGGACCGCAAGAUGGCGCUGGUCCAGCUGCCGUCCAUCGACGACGCGGUGGCGGCUCUCAUCAAGAUGCACAACUACCAGCUGUCCGAGUCCAACCACCUGAGGGUUUCCUUCUCCAAGUCGAGUAUUUAAACGCAAUGACCAAUCGUCCUCGGAAUAUCACACAAGUCGCGUCCGCCUCGGGACCGACUCGACGUGCUAGUGCCCUCAGCCUUACCGUUCGUUGACGCGACAACAUCGUACCUCUCUCAAGUAUCGAGAACUUCACUCGACUGAAAUUUAUAAUAUAAUUAAUGUGUAUUACGCUUACUCGGAUCAGUAUAGAACUUAAGUGCUAACUCUAUUUCAUUAGUGAUUACGUACUACUGUUACUGUACAUCAUAAUUUAAGGUGUUCAUCGUUUCCCGACGGCAGCUAAUCGUUCAUUUUUGAGGGUACUCGUUCAGUACGGCUUGAGAUGUUUGUUUUUUUUUUUAAAUUUUGUGUGAUAUUCAUUCCGUAUUUUUGUAAUUCUAUAUAUUAUUUUUAUACAUAGUGUUAUCGUUUCCAGUGUUUUCGACGUAUCAUUUCAAACGAUUUAACAUAUUUAAACGGAUUGCAAUUAGAUUGCGCUAGUUAUUUCAAAUUUGGCAACUUAUCUAUCUGUAGUGAUGUCAAACAUCGCCUCGGUUGUUUUUGUGGUUAUUAUUGUGACAGGAUUAUUUACGAUAAAUAUUAUUACAUUAUAUAUCCAACACUAGAGCACGUUGUUGAAGAAGAAAAAAGGUAUUUCUUGAUCGCUUAUAAUUUGCAGUUAUCAUAUUCUAAGAUAAUAUUUUAUAAAUAUAUUUUAUACUCUAUUUAAUCUGCACAAUUUAUUAUGGCAUUUUUUAAUAAUAAUUGUAUUCUUUGUACGCAUACACAUAUUCUAUAUAUUUUAUGGAACGCUAUGUUUAGGGAUGUGUAUGUAUGUGCAAUAUUAGUUUUAGAGACGGUUAAGUGUAUUUUAAGUAUUAACAGUUGUCUUCUCCAUCCGCUGCAUACUUCCAUCGCUGUUUCGUUUUUUAGGAAGAAUAUUCCGUUCAUUGUUACAGUUAUAGUUACUUCUCGAUUAGUUAGUGUAAUCACAACUAUCACUAACCUAGUUGGUAUAUCAUCUACAUAGUGUUAUGUGCAGUGACAUUUUAGUGACAUGAUGCAUUUAUUUUGAUGUUAAUUUAUAUUAAUGGUAGCUACAACAUAAUAUAAAUGCUCGUGCAUAUUCACUAAGCAAAUUAUUAUAGAUAAUUAUUUAUUUCACUACGAUCGGGGAUUACCCUGUACACUAUACAGUGUGGUCGAUGUUGAGUUUACGUAUUGUUAGAAUUAUUUUCAUUAAGUAUAAUAAAAAAACUAUUUAAAUGUUGCCACACUGUCCUCGUGACAGUCUUUGAGGUUUUAUAGACGUGCUGGGAUCGCAUCGGCCCUUAGUGACGAGAUGAGCAUACUACCUUCCACUACGAAUAACACAACAGUAUUUUAGUGUUAAACUUCUUCGACGCUUUGUAAAUAACUCGAGUUGUGGCGUAUUAACACUUUCGCUCGAUUGGUUUUCACACAUCUUUGCCUUCUUAAAUUAAUUUAAAAAAAUGCGUCUAGUCCAAUGAAAAGAGAUUAAGUAAAUUAACGUUAUAUCUUUAAAAAUUCCUCACACACUAAACUCAGGUAGAGCGCUUUCUAGAGAUAUUAUUUAUUAAUUGUAAUGAUUCUUUUGGUCGAGGAGUCGGUGCCCGUUUACGCUCUGACCGCUAGGACCACACUAAGUGUUCGUUUACACGUCCAGUCUAUGUGAUUAGGCAAAGAAUGCGUGAACCAGAUACCUGAAUUGUGACGAUUUAGUGAAACUUUGCUAUUCGCGAUUUAAUGUAAAUUAAAUUUUAAUAGAAAAAUUCCUAAUUUUAGAUGAGAUAUGA